AUGGCGUGUGGAGUGGGGAUGAUUGCAAACAAGGGGCAACAGGCAUGUAAGCAGAGGAAAAAUGAACUGCGUGGCAAGGUUGUCUGGGUGACAGGAGCUUCAAGUGGAAUCGGAGAAGAAUUGGCUUACCAGCUAUCAAAGAUAGGAGCCUUGCUUGCCAUCUCAGCAAGACGAGAGGAUGAGCUGGAAAGGGAUGGUAGAAGAGGUUUAGAAAAAGGCAACUUGAGUGAAAAAGAUAUUCUUGUUCUGCGUCUUGACUUGACUGAUAGAAGCUCUCAUGAAGCUGCAACCAACAGUGUUCUUAAGCAUUUUGGCAAGAUUGAUGUUUUGGUCAACAAUGGUGGACGUUCCCAGCGCUCUCUGUUUGUGGAUACAAACCUGGAUGUCUACAGUGCCAUAAUAGAACUCAACUACCUGGGUACAAUCUCUUUAACAAAACAUGUCCUGAAUCACAUGAUCCAAAGGAAGAAAGGAAAGAUUGUUACUGUGAGCAGUGUGAUGGGUAUCAUGGGAGCUCCUCUUGCCUCUGGAUACUGUGCCAGCAAGCAUGCUCUGCAGGGUUUUUUCAAUUCUCUUCGGACUGAGCUGACUGACUACCCUGAGAUAAGUAUUAUCAACAUAUGCCCAGGGCCUGUACAGUCCAAGAUCAUACAAAAUGUCUUCACAGAGAAUCUUGCAAAGUCCAUAGAGAACAGCGGCGAUCAGUCCCACAAGAUGCCAACUGACCGCUGCGUCCGGCUGACCCUGGUGAGCACGGCCAAUGACCUGAAAGAGGCUUGGAUCAGUGACCACCCCUAUCUGGCCGUUUGCUACCUCUGGCAGUAUGCACCCACCUGGGCUUGGUGGCUGAUGAACAGAAUGGGCAAGAGGAGGAUACAGAAUUUUAAGAGCGGAGUAGAUGCUGAUGCCUCUUACUCAAGAAAGAAGAAGUAAGGACAAGCAUGUACAAAAUCCAGCUGUUCUCAUGCUAAGGCUGAGAAACCUUUUUCAUACUGCGUGACUGCAAACAAAAGCUUUUCUUUUUUAUCUGUUGUACCUUUGUCAUCAUGUAACAUGACAAACCUAUCAAGCUGCAUACACACUUACUAAAUAAAAAUCUCUUUCUAAACA